AUGGAAGUCUUCGGCCAAAACUCCACUCGAAUCGUCGAUAGAUAUUCCGAGGAGUUCGAGACCACCUUUCUUGAACACACGAAGAGGAGCUUCCGAUUCAACCGCAUAGCCGCCACUGUUGUGACUGGCAAGUGUAAAGUCAACGAAACUCCCAAAGGGUGGUUUAUUACUUAUAUAGACUGGGAUUCUAAGACACUUUUUAAGGAGGAGGAGGAGGAGAAGAAGAAGAUUAAGAUUAAGACAGACAUGGCAGACGAGGAGAAGAAAGAGCGGGAGAGUUCUAGAUUGGUGUUUGUUGAAGUAGAAAACGAAAGACGGAAGACAAAUAUUUGGAAAGAAUGGGGGUAUAGCAUCAGUGUUGGAUGA